UUUUGGGGUUUACAGAUGACAGACUCUCUGCACCACUGUUUUUUUGUCCAUGUGACGACGGUUUUGGAAGAUCAGCGCAGCCACAGAAACAGACAACAGCAAAAAUAAAUACUGCCCCGCACUUCCCACCCAAGGGCGCAGGUGUGCCUAUACCUGCAAUUUGGAAGUUUCUAACACGGAAGUUUUACUUCGACUAUGACGGCUCAUUCCUACAGGGAGCGCAGCAGGUAAUCCUCUCUGGUUUGGUUUCUUUUAGAAAACCGUGUGAAAGUGAGCCGAAACAUAAAACUGUCCUCUCAGGGAUCGCUAACAGCUCCUUUGGACUUCUACAAACCGGGUCCUGGCGGGAAUCCGAUGGCAUCCGCCGGACAGAUGCAUCCAAGCUGCCCCGCAGAGGGAGCGGGGCUCGGGGAGAGCCUGUCUACCCACGGCAGCACAGAGAAGCUGAGCUCCUCCGCUGUCAAUCGCAUCCUGAUGGAGUUCCUGAUUUACUUUGGGAGAGCCGUCGUCGUCUUCUACCCCGUGUACCUGACAGGAUACCUGGGCCUCAGUAUCAGCUGGGUGCUGCUGUGCAUGGUGAUGAUCACCUGGUGGAAGAAAAAUCGUCAGUACAAAGACGCCCGGAUCGGAACCGCUAUCGAAUUUGUGGAUAAUGAAACACAUGUGAUCAACAAGGAGCUGCAAAGUACUUUACAGAUGGCAUCAUGGGUCAAUUUCCCUGAUGUUGAGCAAGUUGACUGGGUUAACAAGGUGUUGGAGCAGGCCUGGCCUUUCUUUGGGAUGUACAUGGAUAAGCUCCUUAGAGAAAACAUCCAGCCGUCUGUCAGGCUCUCCAGCCCCGCGCUCAAAAUGUUCUCUUUUACUAAGGUCCACUUUGGACAUAUACCUCUCAGAAUCACUGGCAUGAAAUGCUACACCCAUGAAGUGGAUCAGAAGGAGGUGAUUCUGGACUUGAACAUAUGUUACGAUGGUGACGUGGACAUCGACGCUGUGGUGAAGCCGCCAAUCACAGCUGGUGUCAAAGGGGUUAAACUCAAGGGGAUGCUGAGGGUCAUUUUGGAGCCCCUCAUUGGUCAAGUGCCACUAGUGGGAGGAGUCACCUUCUUUUUCAUUCGCCGCCCGACCCUAGAAAUCAACUGGACUGGAAUGACCAAUGUUUUGGACAGUCCUGCCUUCAGUUCGUUGUCCGAGGAAACCAUCAUGGACAUUAUUGCCUCGCUCAUGGUGUUGCCCAACCGCAUGUGCUUUCCCCUCAUAGACCAGGUCAAAGUGGACCAAAUGAGGUUCCCGCUACCUCGUGGUGUGGUGAGGGCCUACUUGUUGGAGGCCAAAGACCUGCUGGCUAAGGAUACAUACAUGAUGGGUUUGGUGAAAGGCAAAUCAGACCCCUACGCCACACUCAGGGUCGGAAACCGAAAUUUCAAAAGCAAGACCAUCAAAGAGAAUUUGAACCCAAAAUGGAAUGAAGUGUAUGAGUUUGUCAUCCAUGAGGCCCCGGGGCAAGAACUGGAGAUAGAGCUGUUUGAUGAGGACACAGACAAAGAUGAUUUCCUUGGAAGGUAUAACCUUGAUUUUGGAGAAGUGAAGAAGGAGAAAGAAAUGGAUCGGUGGUUUAGUCUGGAGGGGGUCCAGAAGGGAGAAGUUCAUCUGAAGCUGCAGUGGCUUUCCCUUAAGACCGACUCCAGCCUGCUGAGUGAGUCCGCAGAUGGCCAUGCUUGUGCAAUGCUGGCAGUGUAUCUGGACAAUGCCUCAAACCUACCAAAAGACCACAGUGAGAUCACCGAGCAUCAUAAACACGGGAAGCACUCAAAGGAAUCUCGGCUCACCCGGAGGACUGCCAACCCCAACUCCUUUGUGGAAUUCUCUGUUGAUAAGGACGUUCAGAAAAGCAAGGUUGUGUAUGCAUCCAAAGACCCGGUGUGGGAGGAGGGCUUCACCUUCUUUGUGCAUAAUGUUAAAACACAGCAUCUCAGUGUUCAGGUCAAAGAGCAUGAGAAGAAGACUCUGCUUGGCACUCUGAACUUGCCCCUGAUUCGCCUCCUCAACACCUCCAACAUGUCGCUGGACCAGCGCUUUCUGCUGGAACGCUCCGGGGCAAUCAGCCAGAUCAAACUGAAGGCCACGCUCAGGAUUCUUGCCUUUGAAAAGCCUCCACCCAAGACUAUCCAAAAUCCUCCUCCACAAGUCAAACAACUAAAACCACAGACCAACCAAGGAAACAAUGGCUAUGUAUCCACUCCCUCCGCACUUUCCUCCAACAAUAUCCCCACCACCCAAGCUUCAUCUCCAUCCCGGGCAGCUGAUUCCCAGAAUGGCUCUAAUGAAGAUUAUUCAACUCACCGCCGUGGUUCCUAUCUGGCUUCCGAAACCUGGCAGUCGUCUCCCUCCACUCCAAACAUGCGUCGGUACGACUCCCACAGCCUGCUGUCGGAGAACUCCAUCGCUUCAUCGCGUUUUGACCUCUCAGAGGGAGCCUCAUAUCCAGAGGCCCUUAUGAAACAUCAGGGUUCAUUUGGGGAGAUCCAACUGACUGUACGCUAUGCCAGCCUGAGGAACAAACUCAUCGUUCUGGUUAAUUCUUGCAAGAACUUGUUCCCCUGCAGUGACAAUGGCACAGACUCUUAUGUCCGUAUGUAUCUGCUCCCUGACCAAACCUGGAGACACCGCAAGAAGACACAUGUCAAGAAGAGGACAGUCAAUCCUGUCUUCAAUGAAAAGUUUGAGUUUGAUGUGUCACUUCAGGAGGCGCAAACGAGGAAGUUGGAUGUGGCUGUGAAAAACAACAAAAUGUUCCACACACGGGAGAGAAAGGACAUUGGCAUGGUGUUGAUAGAUCUUUCACAGCUGGAUCUGGCCAAAGGAGUCACACAAUGGUAUGAGCUCGCACUGCAUGGACAGAAGAAAUCCAGCUAGCAGGCGGGACUCUAAAACUUCUGCAACCUCUCAGCCACUGCGAGGCAAAAUGCAGGCCUGAUAAAUACUUGCAAAAUCGCAUAUUCCUUUGUCUUCCUUAUCAUUGCAGGGUUAGAUUUUGGUUGUCCAAAUGCAGCACUAAAAUCAUCUCAGAUACUGGACAUGCUUGGUGUUUACAUGUCAAAGCACAUACUUAAAAUAAAAUUGCAAACAAUAUUCCAAACUCCAGUCCUACGUAAAGUCUUAUUGGGUAUAAAUGGUUUAAGUGCAUCUUGUCUCAGAUAUCCCACACGAUUUAACAAAAAUAAUCAGAUUAGAAUAUUCUGUUUUUAAACAGAAAAGACAGUUACAAAUAAGACUUUCGAGCAUGCUUUGGUAUCCCAGAUAAUGUUAGCAUAAGCAUUUGUAUCAAUUUAUUGUAGUUUAUUUGGGUUGAUAGGCAGAAACCAAGUGAUUCUGAACAAUAGUGAUAUCACUAAGCAUUUUUUCCAUGGAUAGAAAAAGAAAGUAAUUCAUCAGGAAAUGUUUGUAUCUCUAUUUUAUUGAUAAACAUGGUAAUGUCUUUAUUUUGGGUAAUUUGAGAGGUUUGGUUUUUGAGUUGAUCUAAGCCAAAGUUAUCCUUUUGUGAUUUAUGUAAAUAGUUGUAUUUACAGUUUUAUGUAAUAUACUAUGGGAAAAUAAAAAAAGAAAGAA